UCUGAACCAGGGACUUUACUCCGCCAGCGAGCCAGCCUGGAGCGUGAAGAAGACCGCUGCGACUGCGACCGCGCCGCUGGACAUCAACCUACAAAGACAUGACCACCAAUGCCAGCCCUUUGCACCCAUACUGGCCUCGGCACCUGAGGCUGGACAACUUUGUGCCCAAUGACUGCCCCACUUGGCAUCUCCUGGCUGGCCUCUUCUCUGUCUCUGGAGUCUUGGUUGUGACCACGUGGCUGUUGUCAGGUCGUGCUGCAGUUGUCCCCCUGGGGACUUGGCGGCGACUGUCCCUGUGCUGGUUUGCAGUAUGUGGGUUCAUUCACCUGGUGAUUGAGGGCUGGUUCAGCCUCUACCACGAAGAUCUUCUUGAAGACCAAGCUUUCUUGUCCCAACUCUGGAAAGAGUAUGCCAAGGGAGACAGCCGAUAUAUCCUGAGUGACAACUUCACGAUAUGCAUGGAAACCAUCACAGCUUGCCUAUGGGGACCACUCAGCCUAUGGGUUGUGAUCGCCUUUCUCCGCCAGCAGCCCCUCCGCUUUGUCUUACAGCUCGUGGUCUCUGUAGGUCAGAUCUACGGGGAUGUGCUCUAUUUCCUGACAGAGCACCGGGACGGAUUCCAGCAUGGGGAGCUGGGCCAUCCACUCUACUUCUGGUUUUACUUUGUCUUCAUGAACGCUCUGUGGCUGGUGCUACCUGGAAUCCUCGUGCUUGAUUCUGUAAAGCAGCUCGCUCAUGCCCAGAGCAUGCUGGAUGCCAAAGCCACAAAAGGCAAGAGCAAGCAGAACUAAUAUAAGCCAAGCUCAAACACUGGCUGAUGAGGAACCCUCCACCAGUCAAAAGAGUCCAGUCCUUACUCCCACAGGUUGGAGGCACAAAAUGAAUUGAUCUGGCAAAUGCCUGCUGAUGGGUAAGCACCAGAAGGGC